GGUGGGGGCCGGAACUUCCUGCGUUUCAGCGCAGCAAGUCAUUUCCCCGGGCCGGUGCGCCCCGAGCCGUGGGCCCGGGGCUGGGCCAGUACCGCUCUUCCCAGUUGGUUUUCCGAAGCGGGCGGGGAAGGACAGGGAGACCAGGACCCUCCUCCGCGUCUUUGAACUAGUCGUGAGCCCCUGGGACGCGGUGUCCGCCAGGGUCCCGCCGGGCCGCGCGCUCUCCGCGGCCCCAGCGGCGGCAUCGGGCUCUGGGUGCCCUUGACCCCGGGGAGACUGAAGUGCCACCUCGCCCCGGGCAAGGCGAGGCGGUGCUAGGCUGAGCCCGCGACACCCGCCUCGGUCGCCCGCCUCUUAGGGCCCCUGCGUCCACGGGCUGCGGCGGCGGCGGCGCUGAUGGACCCGGCGAAGGACUGUGUGACCUUUGAGGACGUGACCAUUUACUUCUCCCAGGAGGAGUGGGGACUCCUUGAUGAGGCUCAGAGACUCCUGUACUGCGAUGUGAUGCUGGAGAACUUUGCACUGAUAGCCUCACUGGGACUUACAUCUUUCAGGUCUCAUGUAGUUGCCCAGCUGGAGAUGGGGGCAGAGCCCUGGGUGCCUGACCGAGUGGACAUGACGUCAGCCAUGGCAAGAGGGGCAUAUAGAGGGCCUGGCUCAGAUUUUUGCCAUGGAACAGAGGGUGAGGAGUCACCUGCUGAGCUUAGUGUUUCUGUAGAAGUGUCACAGGACAUGAAUCCCAAGGUGGUUCCAUCCACCCAGAAAGGCUACCCCUGUGACCUGUGUGGCCUACACCUGAAAGACAUUGUGCACCCAGCUGAACACCAGGCAACACAUCCCUGGCAGAAACCACAUGUGUGUGAGGCAUACAGGAGAGAGUUAAAGUUCAAUGCCAACCUUCACCAACCACAGAUGCAGCAGAACGUGGACAAGCCUAUCGCAAGGAACGAAAGCAGCGCCUCGCUUGUGAAGAGCUGCAGAGAUGACACAUCAAAGAAACCUUUCACACUGAGGGAGAGUGGGAAGGCCUUUGUGUCCAGAUGUGGUUUUCUCCAGCACCAGGUCACUCCCCGUGUAGUGGAGCCACACCACAGCUCCGAAGGCGUGGUGGAUUUUCCCACUAUGCAAUGCCGUAAGAAGCGCAGUGAAUUUCAGAACGCUCUCAGUGACAAAUCCUCACUUGUUCAGCAGAGGACCCACACUGGAGAAAGGCCUUAUGAGUGCAGCAAAUGUGGGAUAUUCUUCAGCUACGCCGCUGGCCUCUUUCAACACCAGAGAGAUCACAAUCGAGGAAAGCCUUAUGAGUGUGGUGAAUGUGGGACAUUCUUUAGCCAGCAGUCCAGUCUCAUCAAACAUCAGAGAGUUCACACUGGUGAAAGCCCUCAUGUGUGCAGCGAAUGCGGGAAAUUCUUUAGCCGAAGCUCCAAUCUUAUUCAACAUAAGAGGGUACACACUGGAGAAAAGCCUUAUCAGUGCAGUGAAUGUGGGAAAUUCUUUAGCCAACGUUCCAAUCUCAUUCAUCAUAAGAGGGUUCAUACAGGUAAAAGUGCUUAUGAGUGCAGCGAGUGUGGGAAAUCCUUCAACUGCAACUCCAGCCUUAUUAAACAUUGGAGAGUUCACACUGGAGAAAAACCUUAUAAGUGCAAUGAAUGUGGGAAAUUCUUUAGCCACUUUGAUGGACUUGUUCAGCAUCAGAUAGUUCACACUGGUGAACGACCCUAUGGGUGCAGCGUUUGUGGGAAAGCCUUCAGCCGAAGCUCCGACCUCAUGAAACAUCAGCGAGUUCACACUGGUGAACGGCCUUAUGAGUGCAGUGAAUGUGGGAAACUGUUUAGCCAAAGCUCCAGCCUCAAUAGCCAUCGGAGACUUCACACUGGUGAACGGCCUUAUCAGUGCCCUGAAUGCGGGAAAUUCUUUAGCCAACGCUCCAGCUUCAAUAACCAUCGGAGACUUCACACUGCUUUCGUCUGGAAGUUGUAAGCCUUUGAACAGACCCCAGAGCUCCAAAAUAGGUGGCGUCAACUCCCAAAAAUCCUUUGGCACGUGUCGUUUGCAGACUGUAACUCUCUCAUCCUGUAUAUGUUUAAGGUAAAAUGUCACUUAUCAGGAAUACUGGAAACUGCUGAACUUGUCUAACGAUGUCCAUGCCUUUAUUUUCUGUCCUAACGCUUCAUUCCUGCCAUUCCGACCUGUUUUCAAUUGCAUAAUUAUUUCUCUUUGUUAUGAUUUUUAUUUCUCCCAACCCUCCCUGUGGUAGACAGCAUUUUGGCCUUCAUGUCCUUUGCCCUCACCACGCCUAUGAAGAUGAUACAUCACAUGGAAAAUGGUAUAUAAUCAAGUUUACUAACCAGUUGAUUUACUAUAAGGAGAUUAUCCUGGAUUCUCUGGAAAGGCCCUUCAAAGAGCUUUCUCUUGGCUCAGGGCAGAAGGGGAAUCAGAGACGUUCAAAGUGUGAGAAGGACAAGACUUGCCAGCUGCUGGCUUGAAGACGGAGGGGGGGCCACAUGCAAAGUGUAAGAAGAAAAUAAAUUCUGCCAAUAACCAGGGAGCUGGGAAGAGGACCCCAUGCCCUAAAGAACUGCAGUCAUAGCUGGUACCUUGAUUUAGCCAUCACAUGCUGAACUUCUGAUCUAUAGAACUAUGUGAUAAUAAAUAAGUGUAGUUUUAAGCUACUAAGUUUGUGGUAGUUUAUCAUACAGCAGUAGACAACUAAUACACUCCCCAAGAGCAAGCCCAACCCCUGUUUCAUUCAGCACAGAGCUAUAACCCUCUGGCACACAGUAGGAACUGAUUUCAAAAACAAAAAACAGAAAACAAAUCCCUAGGCAAGAGAAAUGAAUUAAGAUAUUAUUAAAAGACACUAUUACAAAAAGAAUUCACUGAUAAUGAAACUGAGGGCCCUGUGGGGCUCCUGAACACAGAAGCCUUUUUACCCCCCAUUUCUUGUAGGCAAGACUCCAGCCGCCAUGACCUUCCCUGAGUUCCAAAGGGCAGAUUCUGAGUGAAGAGCAAUGUGAACAUUCUUUGUACAAUUUGCAACUUUUCUGUAAGCCUGAAAUUAUUUUUUAAAAAAUGUUUUAUUCUGCUCAGGGCGAUGGUUAUGUGGAUAUCUGCCUUAUAAUAACUCAUUAAGCUGUAUAUUUUAAUGUGGUUGUUUGGUUUCUAUCUUGUAUUUAAUAGACAUUUAAAAAAAUUAAAGUUGGAAAAACAUAAAUUAGAUCAUGGCUUCUAGUCACUUUCAGAAAAUAAUCCAAAUUCCUGAUAAUUAACAAAUAUAUAACCUGGCCCUUUCUAACGUUCUACCUUUUUUCUUGUUACUCGCUCCUCAUUAGUUAUGUUUUACUCUGCUAUUGCUUCUGAAGCACACAAAGCUCACUUCCACCUCAAGGAAUUUACAUUUGCUGUUCACUCUGCCUGGAAUGUUCUACAUAAUCAGAUGGCCUAAGCCCUUACUUCUUGUUCUUAUCUCUGUCCAGUUACCACCACCUCAGAAUAUAUAAAUAAAUCUAAAUGCAAAAGAGGAGGUGAAUGCAGUCAAAUUAAAAACACAGCUGAAACCGGUUGGGAGGGCAGAAAUAGAGACACGGAUGUAGAGAACAAAUGUAUGGACACCAAGGCGGGAAAGUGGCUGGGGUGGUGGUGGUGGUGGGAUGAACUGGGAGGCUGGGAUUGACAUUUAUACACUAAUAUGUAUAAAAUGGAUAACUAAUAAGAACCUGCUGUAUAAAAAAAUAAAUAAAAUAAAACUCAAAAAUUAAAAAAAACACAGCUGAAGUAUUAUACUGGGAGAGAGAAUAAGCCUAAUAAAGUGACUGGGAAAUAUGAUGAGAGUGAAUGUUAAAAUUGGUAAAGAGUUGGAAAAUUUGGUGAGAUAUUCAUCUUUCCCCCAAGUCUCAGGCCUUUGAAGGGUCUUCCAAACAACCUCUCAGAGAUGUGCCUACUCCCUGACCACAUGGGCUGUUUCCAGCAGUGAUGGCUUCUCUACCCAACAUACUCUUACUCACCUGUGUAUUGUCUCCCUUGAUCUUUCUUCACUAUCAUCCAGGGCUCUUUCCAUUGUUCCAAUAAGGUAAUCACAUGUGGUUUAGAACAGGAAUGACGUGCUUACAAGAUAAGAAUGCCAUAUAAUGAGAAAUAAAAGAUGAAUUCAAAAAUACUUUAAGCUUGUGUUAAAUUUGUAAUAAACUAAAGGUCAAAAUGAUUGCUAAGCACUACAGAGAAGAGAAUGGCAAGAGGAUUCAAGAAUCCAGAUAGGAGGGGAAAGGUCUUAUUUUAAGUGAAAUCUAUCUACCUAUCUACUUACCUACCUACCUACCUUCUGUGUCUUGACAGAAAGCAAAACAUUGUAACUGAGAACAAAGACUGUGGACCCAGAGCACCUGGGUUCAAAUUCCUGGUUCUGCCAUGUACUAGCUGUGCGACCUUGGAUAACUCAAACUCACUGUGCUUCAGCAUUCUCAUCUAAAAUGAUUACAUAUAUUUGUAUUUGAUUUGUAUCAACUGAUUUUUUCCCCCCACAAUCACCUUAUGAAGUACUAUGUUUAUAAAGAGCUUAAAAUAGUGACUGGUCCACAGUUAGAACAAUGCAAGUUAUCAACAUUAUUAUUAUUUUUCUAAGAGAAAAAAGAAAGUUUCCUGAGACAUCUAUAUUUAUAAUUCAUUUAAUCCUAAAUGCAAAGCUCAUGGAUUAUAAAUUUUAACUACAAAAUCAGGUACAUUGUUUUGGAAGAAAUAAAAUGAUGUAAUUUCAGCUUUAAAUAAUUUAUGUUUAUCUAAUGCACCACUAAAUAAAUUGCACAGGCUCUUCAGAUGGAACAAAUCAGAACCUUUGUCUAGCUGUUUUGCCUGCAGGUGGGCUCACCAUUUUGGGCAUAAACACAACAGGAAAUCUGACCUUUGUCAAUAUUUAUAGAACACCCCAGGAUUCUAAUCCUGCCAUUUCAUCAGUUCCAACCUAACAAAGCUCAAACUACUUCUUUGAGAACAGGGAGAAGAAAUCACAUUCACUUCUUAAGACAGCCCUAAAAUGUACAACGAAGAAAGUAUUUCAGGGAGCAGAUUCUAAUUUAUUUGAGAGAUGUAAACUUACCCAGAGAGACCAAGUUCCUAUAGUUCUCCAACAUCAUAUCUCUGUCCAAGUCCCUCUGAGCAGAAUCCAGACUCUCCCACUCCUGCUGAGCGAAGGCUAUGGCCACAUCCCUGAAUGUCACUGAUCCCUGAAACUGCAAACCCACAUAUUUCUGGUGAAAUUAAAGGAAAUGUAGCCAUAGCUAAGACCCGAGGCAGGCAAAAAUAAAAAAAAAAUAAAAAAAAAAGAAAGAAAGAAAA